UCCAUCUCCAACCAUAACUUUUACAGAGAGAAGAUAACAUUUACAAAAAAAAAUUCACUGCACUGUCCGUAGCAAGGAUGAAGGCGUCGAUGAAGUUCCGCGAGGAGAAGAACCCUCUCCUCCGCGCCAAGGUCCCUCUCUCCAUCUUAGGCCUCCCGUUCCAGUCCGGAAUCGUCGCCGGAGAAUCCAAAGAGCUCAGCCUCAACCUCUCCACGUUCUUCGAAUCCGGCCCGUCCCUCAAGCUCGCGUACCGCCCCAACGACUCCCACAGCCCUUUCUCCCUCGUCGUCAAAACCGGAACCGGACCCUUCGGCUCUCCGGUCUCCGCCUCCAUGCUCAUGAGCGCCGAGUUCAACCUCCUCGGUAAAGGUAACCCAACCUUCAUGCUCCACUUCAAGCCGCGGUUCGGCGACUUCUCGAUCAAAAAGUCUCAUUCCUCCUCCGGAUUCGAUAUGAUCGGACCGGUGAACGGAGAGGAGGAUUCGUCCAUCGAGGUCGUGGAUUCUCCAGGUCCCGGCGGAGGUUUCAGGAAAGUCACCGUCUUGCCGUCGACGUCCGCCGGAGAUAUCGCCGGUUUGGUUUCCGGCGUGGAGGUCGCGGCGAGGACGUCGCUGCCGGUGAGGGGGCGCGCGGUGGUGAAUUUUCGGUGGGGGGUUAGGGUACCGACGGAGAUCAGGCGGGAUUUUGAUCCGACGGCUGAGAUUUCGUUUCGGAGGUUUCCUUUCUUGGUGAUGGAUAAGAUAGGGAUCGAACACGUGGACGGGUCGGGUUGUAAAGAGGCUAAACCCGUUAGCGAUCCGGGUUUGAGAAAUAGUGAUGAUGUGUGUUUGGUCUUGGAGGAGCUUCGGUCGGAGAAUAGGCAGUUGAAGAGAGCUGUUGAAGAUCUGAGGGGAGUGAUGGUAUCGAACGUCAGGCCGUUCUAUCCGGCGACGGUAGAUUACGGUUCGCAUUCAAAGUACCGUGAAGCCGAGAGGAGUGGCAAUAACAAUAAUGGUAGAGCGAGAGGUGAACGGUGGAGUAGUGAGAGAACGACGUCGGAUUAUGGUGGGAAGAAGAGCAAGGAAGAGGGUGACGUGGCGGAGGAGCUGAAGAAAGCUUUGAAAGGAGCUGCUUGAUGAUACUAUUUGGUGGUAACUCUGCCAUGAAAAAGGUUUAUUCGUCUUCUUGAUUUAGCUAUGGCUUUUGUAUAUAUAUGCGGUACACUACUGCUGCGUUUUGGAACAUCUUUGAGAACAUUUCAAUGGUAAUUGCAAGAGUUUUACUUUGUGAUUA